CAUCUAUAAAAGCCCGUAGGGUUUAGAGUUUCAUAGAUUCAGCUCCGUUCUUCUGUGUCUGCUCCAGAGACCACCGCCAAUGGCUUUUGUUAAAGCACAAAAGACAAGGGCUUACUCUAAGCGGUUUCAAGUUAAGUUCAAGAGAAGGCGAGCGGGCAAGACAGACUAUCGUGCCAGGAUCCGCCUGAUCAAUCAAGACAAGAAUAAGUACAACACUCCAAAAUAUCGAUUUGUCGUGCGAUUUACGAACAAGGAUAUAACUGCACAAAUUAUAUCUGCUAGUAUUGCUGGUGAUAUGGUUCUUGCAGCGGCCUAUUCCCAUGAACUGCCUCACUAUGGGCUUGAAGUGGGUCUUACAAAUUACGCGGCAGCUUAUUGUACUGGACUUCUCCUGGCUCGCCGAGUUUUGAAAAUGCUUGAGAUGGAUGAGGAAUAUCAGGGAAAUGUUGAGGCAACUGGUGAGGAUUUUUCUGUUGAACCAACAGAGACCAGAAGGCCUUUCCGUGCUCUUCUUGAUGUUGGUCUUGUAAGAACAACAACUGGAAAUCGUGUUUUUGGUGCUCUCAAGGGAGCAUUGGAUGGUGGACUUGAUAUUCCUCACAGUGACAAGAGGUUUGCUGGAUUCAGCAGGGAUGGUAAGCAACUUGAUGCUGAUGUUCACCGCAAGUAUAUCUUUGGUGGCCAUGUUGCUGCAUAUAUGACGACUUUAAUGGAAGACGAGCCAGAGAAGUAUCAGUCUCACUUUAGUGAGUACAUAAAGAGAGGUAUUGAACCUGAUGGCAUAGAGGAGAUGUACAAAAAGGUCCAUGCUUCCAUACGAGCUGAUCCCACCCCAAAGAAAUCUGAGAAGGAGCCUCCAAAGGUGCAUAAGAGGCACAACUUGAAGAAACUGACAUAUGAGGAAAGGAAGGCUAAGUUGAUAGAGAGGUUGAAUGCACUGAACUCUGCGGCUGGGGCUGAUGACGAUGAUGAAGAUGAUGAGUGAACUGGACACUUGAGAACCUUAAUUUUGCCUGUUUAAUUUGAAUGAGCACUAGUUGAUGUUAGAUGGGCAAUACCUAGUAUUUUCCCUUUUAAUAGUACUCCUAAGGACAAAUCCAAUCCUACCAAGUUUGAAGCUUAUAAAGUUUAUAAGAAUGUUAAGUAAUCUCAUGGUGAUCAAAUUUGGCCUGUGUGUUAUUAUGGGUUUCUUUUGAUGAGCA